GAAGUGCCAAUGUAGCGGAAGUGGUACUGCCCUGAACGAUACGAGGAGCGAGACGGAGGACGGAGGUUGCAUCGUCCAUAGAAAAAAAGCUGGAAUUUAAGUCCUAAUACUACGAAAGAAUGGACAAGAACGACCUGGUACAGAAGGCCAAGCUUGCUGAGCAGGCUGAGCGCUAUGACGACAUGGCUGCUGCCAUGAAGUUGGUGACGGAGCAGGGUGGGGAGCUCUCCAAUGAGGAGCGCAACUUGCUGUCUGUGGCCUACAAGAACGUGGUGGGAGCUCGCCGCUCCUCCUGGCGUGUCAUCUCCAGCAUUGAGCAGAAGACUGAGGGAAAUGAGAAGAAGCAGCAAAUGGCCAGAGAGUAUCGCGAGAAGAUUGAGACUGAGCUGCAGGACAUCUGCAAUGAUGUGCUGGUACUUCUUGAUAAGUACCUCAUUGUCAAUGCAGUUGCAGCUGAAAGCAGGGUGUUCUACCUGAAAAUGAAAGGCGAUUAUUACAGAUACCUCUCUGAGGUAGCAUCUGGGGAUGCCAAGAAGACCACGAUGGAUAACUCUCAGCAGGCAUAUCAGGAUGCUUUUGACAUCAGCAAGAAGGACAUGCAGCCAACACACCCCAUUAGGCUCGGCCUGGCCCUCAACUUCUCCGUAUUCUACUAUGAAAUCCUGAACAAUCCUGAGAAGGCCUGCACUCUGGCCAAGACGGCAUUUGAUGAAGCCAUUGCUGAGCUCGAUACCUUAAAUGAGGACUCCUAUAAAGACAGCACAUUGAUCAUGCAACUACUAAGGGACAACCUGACUCUGUGGACAUCGGAAAACCAGGGAGAUGAGGGAGAGACCGGAGAAGGGGAAAACUAAUGGAAUUGCACUGUUAAUCCACCUACACUCUUAUCUUUAACACAAACAGCUUAUAUACAUCCCCCUUCCACUCCAUCAGCCCCUACCCCUUCUGUAUGACAAGCAGCCUGAAUUGCUCCUGACCAACUAGUUUACCCCUCUCAGGUCACUGAGGCGACAUGGUAAUGUUCAGUUGUUAGCAGGUUCAGUCAUUUUGUUUGUGAAAUAAUGUUGUAUUGAGUAGCAAGUCCAUGUUGCUGUUGUUUUUGUUGGCUUUGUGUGAAUGUGAGAGGGAGAUGUGUGAAUGAUUGUGUAUGUAUGUGUGGGGGUGGUGGUUGUGAAUUCUAAUUGUCCUUCCUUAAUUCCUUUGUCCCACCUAGCUGGUUGUGCAUUUUUCAUCCUUUUUUUUUUUUAACAAUCAUUUUUGUGUGUGAUUCGUCAUGGUAUUUGCAGGUUUUAUCGUAUGGUAAUUAAACUGGCAGUUAAUUUUCACCAAAAACUGUGAUGCUAAGUGUUGCAUUUUCUUCCCUACUCCACAAUUGCUUUUAAAAUUCAGACACCGUACAAUCCUGUAUUAAACUAACAGUGCAAUUCUGCUGUGGGCUCAUACAGAAAGGAGGCAGGCUCUAUUGUGACACUGACAUCUGGGCAUUUUGCUCUUAAAUCAUGUUCACAAAUUCACUCUUUCAAAGUUGAUUAAGGGACCCCUUAGUUUGCCAUGUUAGAUUCCCUGUAUCAUAAGACAUUCCACCAGAAUUGUAUUAGGCUUUCUGAAAGGCAGUACUCUUUGAACUAAAGUGUGGAUUAUUGUCCUAGUGGUGUAAUUCACUGUUCAAGAUCAAGUGCUUGAAUUCAGUACAAUGAAAAUUGUAUGUGCUUAAAUGUUGUUCCAUGUAUUUUGCAAGAUUGACUAUCAUCUUUCUGUAAAACCUAAAGUAACUGAACCUUUUUUCGAUGUUAAUUGAGAAUGUCUUAUCACACUGUAUCAACCCUGCUUGCAAAAUAUUCCUCUUAAAGCGGUUGUUUUCUCCAA